AGAGAGACAGUUGGGCAGACAGACUACCCUCCAGGGAGCACUUGCUGCCAAAGUGUCAAAUGUACAAGUGACAGAAGGUGCUGCCCAGGCGGAUGCCCAAGCUGCUUGUGCACCUGAAGAGGCUAAGGUGCCGGCUUCUUCUGGAGAAGGAGGCUCCGGAGUCUGGAGGGAAGCAGCUGGAGUGUCUGUUGACAUCCUUAAAGCCUUAUUGGUCCAGUUACCCCGUGGAACUUUGAAGCAGGGGUAGAGGGAAAGGAAGCAGAUAAAGAAAGGGCAAGUGAAAGAAAAGGAGGAGGGGCGGGCUCCGACCCAGCCAGCGCAGUGCUCUCUUCCUGCCUAGCGGACGGUCUCCAGGAGCCCCAUGGCCAACUGUGAAUUUAGCCAGGUGUCCGGGGAAAGACCCUGCUGCCGCCUCUCUAGGACAGCCCAGAUCUGUCUCGGAGUGAGUCUCGUGGUCCUGGUCGCCUCGGUAGUGACCGCGGGCAUACUUCUGUGGCCGCGCGCACCCCUAGUGUGGAAAGGGAAGCCUACCACGAAGCACUUUCCUGAGAUCUUCCUGGGACGGUGUCUCAUCUACACUCAAAUUCUCCGGCCUGAGAUGAGUGAUCAGGACUGCAAGAAGAUAUUGAGUACAUUCAAAGGAGCAUUUGUUUCCAAGAAUCCAUGCAACAUCACAAGAGAAGACUAUGAACCACUGGUUAAGUUGGUCACUCAAACUAUACCAUGUAACAAGACUCUCUUUUGGAGCAAAUCUAAACACCUGGCCCAUCAGUAUACCUGGGUCGAGGGCAAGAUGUCCACCCUGGAGGACACACUACUGGGUUACAUUGCUGAUGAUCUUUGGUGGUGUGGAGAUCCCAGCACUUCUGACAUGAACUAUGACUCUUGCCCACACUGGAGUGAAAAUUGCCCCAACAACCCUGUUUCAGUGUUCUGGAAAGUGAUUUCGCAAAAGUUUGCAGAAGCUGCCUGUGGUGUGGUCCAAGUGAUGCUCAACGGGUCCCUCAGUGAACCGUUUUACAAAAACAGCACCUUUGGAAGUGUAGAAGUCUAUAAUUUGGACCCCCAAAAGGUGCAUAAACUACAGGCCUGGGUGAUGCAUAACAUUGAAGCAGAUUCCAGUAACUCAUGCUCAGGCUCCUCCAUAAAUAAUCUGAAGUUGAUUGUGCACCAAAGGAAUAUCACUUUUACCUGCCAGGAUAACUACAGGCCUGCCAGGUUUGUUCAGUGUGUGAAGAAUCCAGAGCAUCCAUCAUGUAGUUCUAAUAUCUGAAUAAUUUGGAUCUUAGACAAUCCCGUAGCAUGCAUCAAGAUGAAAGAAAGACUCAGAAACCAUACUGAUACAAAGUCGAAGCUGUCAGGGAGAGGCCUCUGCUACAAUGUCAACACCAGGGAUGGAAGAACGUCCCAACCAAUGAUGGCAACAUUUCAUGAUCAGCUUAGUUCAUACUGCAUACUAACAAUACUCAAGAAAAAAUUACUCUGCCAAAGCAGAGUUCAACUUGCUAUUGUUAUUUCAUCUUAACUUUCUCAUGUGGUGCUUUUAUAUUGUUUAUAUAUUACUAACUUCUCUUGUUUUCUCUUAAUGAAACUGAGAAUCAAACCUGAGAACUUUUGCACAUGGUAGAGAAGCCUGUACACUAUUGAACUACAUCCUCAACACAGCUGGUAACAUUAUUUUUAUUGAAAAAUUGCUGGUCAAACCUCCCCUGUUAGAAUGGACAAAGGAAAUGAAAUGUCAAGAUUUUCAAAAUGAAAUGACCUUAUUUUCUGAUGAUUUUGCAUUUUCCCUACAAGUAUUCAAAUAGUAAACCUGAGAUCAUGGGUCAUUAUGGGGACGAUAAUCUGUGGGAAUUUGAACUUGCUUGGUACUUCAACCUGUCACCUCUCCAACAUGUCCCUAGUAAAUCUGGGUAUUGUUUUCCUUAUUAAAAAAAAAAA